CCGGCGGUGGAGCGCGGUGCGGCGGUGAAGGGGCGAGAGCGUGGAGGGGACCGAGGUUCACCGACCUCCUCAGUACCGAGAUGGGUGAUGGAGCUGUACGAGCUUGAGGAAAGACUGAGAGUCGGACCGGUCACAUCUCCGGAGAGAUUAAGAGUCGGACCCGUCACAUCUCCGGCGCCGAGCAUCUCCUUCGAAGCCGGGCCCGAAUUUUCGCUCGCAUUCUUCGAACAGGGGCCCACAGACGAGAGCAGCGAGCCAGGAUCAGUCGAGAGCGAACCUGACAUCAAGCAAGAACAACAAUUCACGGCGGCCGAUUCGAACAGCUCCACACCGACGAAGUCCUUCGUGCCCUGUAAAGUCUGCGGUGAUAAAGCAUCCGGCUAUCAUUACGGAGUCACUUCCUGUGAAGGCUGUAAGGGGUUCUUUAGGAGAAGUAUACAAAAACAGAUAGAAUACAGGUGCCUAAGGGACGGAAAGUGCCUGGUGAUACGACUGAACCGCAAUCGGUGCCAGUACUGCCGGUUCAAGAAAUGCCUUGCCGUCGGCAUGUCUCGAGACUCUGUUCGGUAUGGGAGGGUGCCGAAAAGAUCACGGGAACGAAGCGGAGGAGAAGAAAGGGUGUCGACAAGUGACAGCAGUUCAGGGGCGACCCCGCCAGAUCCGGAGACAACCUCGACUCCAGCCUAUGACCUGAUUGUGUCUGUAUCGCAGGCGCAUGUCGCCAACUCAGACUACUCGGAAGAGAACACAAGGUGCCUCGUUAGGAAGCCGAUUGCCUCACCUCCUUCACCUAUUUGCUCUGGUCCUGAAGUGGCUUCUUCCACCGCAGAAAGUCUUGAACAACAAAGGAUAUGGCUGUGGCAACAAUUUGCAACACAUAUCACACCUAGUGUUCAGAGGGUAGUUGAAUUUGCAAAAAGAGUACCAGGCUUCUGUGAGUUGAGUCAAGAUGACCAACUAAUCCUGAUCAAAGUCGGCUUCUUUGAGCUUUGGCUUUCCCAUGCGGCUCGCCUGACAACUGACACAACAGUAACAUUCUCUGAUGGCACUUUCGUCACUCGGCAGCAAAUGGAACUUAUGUAUGAUGUAAGUCCAACUCAGUCUGAAUUUGUCACAUCAAUGUUCGAAUUCACUUCAAGCUUUAACUCUCUUCUGCUUGGAGAUACAGAACUUGGUCUGUUUUCCUCGAUUGUGCUGUUAUCACCUGACAGGCCUGGUGUGACUGAUGUAAAAGCCGUCGAACACCAUCAGGACAGGUUGAUCGAAGCACUAAAACUCCAUUUAAGAAGGAGUACAAACGGCACAGAUUCGUCAAGCGUACUGGCGAAGCUGCCUGAAUUGCGGGCCCUCGGGGCCAAGCAUGCCCUCAUGCUCGAAUGGUUUAGGCUAAAUUGGGACAAGUUGCGUCUCCCCCCUCUCUUCGCUGAGAUCUUCGACAUACCGAAGUCAGAGGAAGACCUGCAGUGAAACUAAAUGAUGAUCCCUAUCUUUAACCCCUCUCUUCUUCUUGCUCAAGCGUGUUUGUGUGAAUGUACAGUGCUUUAUGCACUCAUAGAUACAUAUCAAUCUACCAGAAAAAACAUUAGAUUUAAAAAAAUUAAAAUUCCAAUAUAUAAUUCAAUUUUUAUUAAAAAAUAUUUCUUUCCCUUUUUUCUGUCCCUUUAACCAAAUUUUUGUACAUACUUGUAAUAUUCAA